GCAAAAAACUCGGUAUUUAUUUUUUUUGGUCUACACGCAACCAGGUUAGCAAUGCCCCGACGCGAUCAAUAAUUUGCUACCCCAAACAGAACCAGGCCGCCGCCGCCGCAAAAGAUCCAAGAACCGAGGGCAGUUCCGGCAAUGAACCCACUGUCCCAAACUGACAGGGACAAAUUCUUUUAUUCUGUGGCUCUACAAAAAUCUCAAAGGCCAGGCCAUAGCCGACCCACCCCCACCAUUCUUCGCUAAUCGUCGGCGGCGAUCACCACCGUCGACCGUGUAACUCACCGUCGGCGUACGGAUAUCUCGCAAGUAUCACUCUCCGGCCUCUACCUGGUUGCCGAAUUUCCGCGAUAGAGGCAUGGAGAGAAAAACAUGGUUAAAGGUGGUAAUUUUAAUAUGCUUAGUUGCCUUCUCAACUGGCAGAGGUAAUAAUAUUGACAUUUCGCUUUAUGAGCGCUUCCCACUUUGUUGAUUUCAUGUGAUCAUUAUAAUUAUUUUAAUUCUUAAAGAGUUUGAAUGUCAACUGUAGUGCCAUAUGAUCUUUCAAUUUUUCGCAUUAACAUCCAAAAAUCAUACAGUUUCACAGUAAGUAAUUUUUUACAUAUGAAAAAGUUGUGAUUAUCAAUCCAACCUUUGCAUAGCCUUUAUAUAGAAAAUGCGAGCAUCAAAUGCCUCACGUUUGCCAAAAUGAAUUUGAAGCAUUGUUAUUGAAGAGAAUUUAGAACAAUAUUUCUGGUAAGGGAAAGUGAUCAUAGACCCUAAGUGUUUUUACUUCGAUUUGCAAUCUAGAUUUGGCAAGAAAGUCCCAAAGCAGUUCAAUUUUUUCUACUCCUUGAGUAUCCUUUGUUUUAUGUGGUUGUACUUGUUUCAGGCUGUACGAGUAUUGUUAUUGGAAGUAAAUUUUUAAGUUGUUAAUGCUUACCUUUUUUCCAGAGCUCAAAGUUGAGUUGCAGUACAAAAAGCAAUCGCCAGUUUACAAUCACACACUAGCCACUAUAAUGGUUCAAUAUGCUUCGGCAGUGUAUAUGUCAGAUCUGAAUGAACUAUUUACUUGGACAUGUUCAAGAUGUGAUGGUUUAACCAAGGGGUUUCAGAUGAUUGAGCUGAUCGUUGAUGUCCAGCACUGUCUGCAGGCAUUUGUCGGGGUGGCUCAAGACCUUAAUGCCAUUGUUGUUGCAUUCAGAGGAACUCAAGAAAACAGCAUACAGAAUUGGAUUGAAGACCUAUACUGGAAGCAACUGGACAUAAAUUAUCCAGGGAUGGAUGAUGCAAUGGUGCACCGUGGAUUCUAUACUGCUUAUCACAAUACAAGUCUCCGUGCUGGCGUGCUAAAUGCUGUUAAAGAGGCAAAAGAGUUAAAUGGUGAUUAUCAGAUUAUGGUGACUGGGCAUUCAAUGGGAGGAGCUAUGGCUACCUUUUGUGGACUAGAUCUUACUGUCAAUUAUGGUGCUGAAAGUGUUCAAGUAAUGACUUUUGGGCAACCUAGGAUAGGCAAUGCAGCUUUUGCAUCAUACUAUAGCCAGCUUGUGCCAAACACUAUUCGUGUGACACAUGGUCAUGAUAUUGUGCCUCAUUUGCCCCCAUACUAUCAAUACUUUCCUAAAAAGACAUACCAUCAUUUCCCAAGAGAGGUCUGGUUGUAUUACACCGGCCUUGAAAGUCUAGUUUAUCCCGUAGAGAAAGUUUGUGAUGCGUCGGGUGAAGACCCAACUUGCAGCAGGUCAGUGUCAGGGAACAGCAUUUUAGAUCAUAUGACAUACUACGGCAUUCAGAUGGGAUGCGAGGAACCUGCUCCGUGCAAAAUCAUCAUCAUGGAUUCCUCUGUUUCUUCUUACUCGACGAAAGAUCUUAAUGGAAAUAUUGUUUUAUAUAGAGGUACUUCUGCAUCUAGUUUAAGUAUGAAAACAGAAUCCAAUAAACAGAGUGCAUCUUUGUGAAGUUUUUCAUUAGGUGAGCUUUUGGGUUUUGAAAAUAGCCUGUGCCCUAGCCCCUAUGUAUAUAUGUACCGUUUUUUUCAUUUUCACAAUGUAAAUAGUUAUUUUUACCGUUCUUAUUAGCUUAAACUGUAAACUAUAAUAAAAUCUUCUGAUUUUU